AUGAGGAACUUAGUUCAGCUGGUCCAUGACCACUGGGUUCAUGUACUUGUCGCUAAUGGCUUUGUCUUUGGAUGUUAUCUAGACCAGAGGGAUGAUGAAAAGCUGACGGCCUUCUGGAAUAAGAGCAUGCUAUUUCAAAGGGAACUGAGGUCCAGUGAAGAAGUUACUUGGAAGUAAAGACUGGUUAAAUCACAGAAUGAUCACAUUUUAAAGGUUGUCAAAUAGAUAAAAACAUUUAUUAUUUAGAUGAAACAAAACAAAACAAAACAAAAACCAACUUAGCCAUGUGGUGGCAGUGCACACCUUUAAUGCUAGCACUAAGGAGGCAGAGGCAGGCGGAUCUCUGCAAGUUCGAGGCCAGCCUGGUCUACAGCGUCAGUUCCAAGACAACCAAGGCUACACACAGAGAAUCCCUUUAGUCCUAUCACUUGGGAGACAGAGGCUUUUGGUGAGUUCCAGGACAGCCUGUGCUACACUGAGUU